UCUCACACAGAGAGUCCAGUUUCUAGAAAGUAGGCUGGGUGAGACUCAAAACCUUACAAAAAAGGUAGAGGAUCUGGAAGCCCAGCUUUUGUUAAAACUAGAUGCACAGGCUAAGGCCAAUGUCGCAUGCGACCUGAGGAUCCAUGGAGUUCCGUACGUCGAAGGGAUAUCUAUCGUAUGAGGCCGAACAAAAAUCUUUCCCACUCCAUCGUUGACCCCAUCAUCAUUGUCAAGCUGGAACUGGUGCGCGACAAAGCGGCAUUACUGCGCAACAUCGGUAUGUACAGGCGGGAAACCAAGCAGCCCCUAACUCUGCAGUUACUCGGCCUAAACUCACCAGCCCCAGUAUAUGUCAACGAGCAGCUUACCAGGGAAAACUACCAGAUUUUUAGAGAAGCUCUGAAAAUGAAAAAGCAUCGGAAGCAGCAAUCCGUGUUUACGCGCAGGGGUAUGGUUCACGUCAAAGUGACCCAAGAAAGUGAGAUCUGGGAAGUUCUCAAAAUUGAGGAUCUGAGGGAGAUGCAAGCUGCUACUGAGAGCCCUGCAGCUGGAGACGAGAAUAGCUCGUUUCGUCAAUAAUAUAACCAUAGGCAAAUUUUUCAUGUUAGC